GUACAUGGUCGACUUAUCCCAACCCAGUUGGAGAUGGCACAAGAAUACUGCAUAAAGGCUUCCAAUGUACUCAAAAAUGUUAUGGGAACAAUGGUUGGCAAAGUUAAAAAAAAAGCCAAAGGUUGUUAUAGAUGAGAUUGAAGAGGAAGAGGAAGAGGAAGAGGAAGAGGAAGUUCAAACACAUAGGGAUAUUCCACCUGUUACAGAGAAAUAUGUUUUAAGGGAUAAUAUUGCAAGCAAGAUUGAUGUAUUUGAUAGUUUGCUUAAGGAUCACUCCAAGAAGCAUAAAGAUCUGAAGGUGGAAUUGUGUUUGAUGUUGCAAUUCAUUGAAGAAUCCAUGGGGACUCUUCUAGCAGUUGUUAAAAAACAAAAUGCAGGAAAUGAGGGGGAUGGGAAUCAUGUAAUAAAGGAUGGGGAUGGGAAUGCCACUGAUGGUCCAAGGACUACUGGAAAAGAUAUUGCAGAGGUUGUUUUGGAGUGUCCAAGGACUGUUGGACAUAAAGAGAUAUCUGUACAGGAAGAGCAACAUCCUUUAGGUCAAAUUGAGCAUGAGGCUGAUAACGUAGGAAAAUGUGGGGAUGGGGAUGCCACUGAUGGUCAACUGCAAAAUAGGGAGGCCGUAAUAUUUGUUGAGUCCCAGGAAGUUCCUGUGGAAAAUAUAGAGGAGGCUGUUAUUGAGGGUGAGGAUGCUGUUAGCUCAGGUGUAGAAGACGAUAUUAUUUCAAUGGAUAUAGCUGCCACUAGUUUAGGAACACCAAAUAAGAUGGAUAUGGGCACUGAGGGGGUGGAGAUUGUCACCCCAUCCAAAUUCCCAGUUGCAAAAAAAGGUGGGGUAAUUCCUUAUGUCUCAAAUAAGGAAAAGUGCAAAAGAAAGCUUGGACCAUUAUUGAAUACACCCUACACCAAUCCCACUAAAAAACAAAAAACUGAUUCAUCCUCCACGGUAACAGAAGAGGCUGAAAUUCCCAAAGGCAUAUUGCCAAUGGCUUUUGAACUCAAAAGGCCAUAUCGAAGAGAGUAGUUAGCAGAAUGUCACAAAUGGAUGAAGGAUCCCAAAACACAACAUGAUAAAAUUGAAUGGAUUCCUUGUACUGUUGACAAGGCCUGGUUUGCUGAGGCAAUUCAACCUGACAAAUGGUUAAGAGACCUCCAUCUUGACAUUGCUACAUACCACAUACGCCGGAGACUUGCCAAGUACCCUGCCAUAUUUAAAAGGAAGGCGGCAGUGCUUGACACAAUCUUCUUUGUAUGUGUCCAAUAAUUUGCUAAUGAACUGUAGAUAUUCAUACUCAUUGUUAACUGACCAUCAUUUUUUUAACCAUGUAAUAACAGAGCAAGAUUGGUAUUACCUACAAUGUAUUCAAAGAAGAUCCAGGAAAUUGGGUUGAUUCGGAUACUUUAUUCACAGACUACGUUGUCGAUACCAGUCCUCCUGAAGGUGUUCCCUGGGGAGAAGUGGACUAUGUGUACUUUCCUGCAAACUUUGAUGAGAAGCAUUGGGUGGCAGUAGAGAUGAUAUUGUCAUCACGAAAAAUAAAUGUCUAUGAUUCUUACCAUGACCUUACAAGUGCUGAAAGGUUUGUAGAGAUCAUGAGCCCAUUGUCUAUAAUGACCCCAUACAUAUUACGUCCUUGUGGAUAUGACAUUCCCACGACACCAUGGGAAGUUGAGAAGGUCAAUCCCUGCCCUCAACAAAAGUCAGGGGGGUAUGUUUUUUUUUAACAAAUUUGUGUACUAAAUCAUUUUUAUUGUGCAUUAGUUGUUGUACGCAAUUUUAAUCACUUUAUUUUUUAUUAACAAUUACAGGGGCGAUUGCGGUGUUUUUACAUUCAAAUUCAUUGAAGCAUUGAUAGCAGAAAUUCCUAUCACUGAGAUAAAUCAAAAUGACAUGACGUUUUACAGGAAAAAGUUCACAGCAGAGAGUUGGGGGGGAGAGUUCUCAUUGUGAAAACUAACUCUGCUCUGUACAUUUAGGAGUCAAAUUGUUGUUGUACAUGCUUACUUAUUUGUGUUUGCACAUAUUUUUUCACUAUGCCAAAUUUUUUUA